AGUGUCAGGUCCUCGAACUCGAAUCUUUUUCUUACAUUUCGGAAUGAUUUUUGUUUGUUUUUUAACAAAAACCAUAAAUUGUUGUAAAUAAGUUGAUAUAAUAAACCGUAAUUAUAAUUAAGAGUGUUUAAGCAACUUCGUCGUUAAUCGUUUAUUCUGUAUAAUAGUCUAUAUGAACCUUCAAACACUUUUUAACUACAUACCGCCCAUGUUAUCAUACUUUCUAUGACCCAACCCAGAAAAUUUAUAGUAAAAAUUAUUUGGAAAGAAUAUAUUUUAUAGCAGUAUUUUACUUUAACUAAGAGAAACUAACCAAUAUAGUGUAAUUAUGUCAUCAGGUCGCCCCAUAAAGUGUGUUGUUGUAGGAGAUGGAACAGUUGGAAAAACUUGUAUGCUUAUUUCAUACACUACAGACAGUUUUCCUGGAGAAUAUGUACCUACAGUGUUUGACAAUUACUCAGCACCAAUGGUAGUAGAUGGAAUUUCUGUCAGUUUAGGACUAUGGGACACAGCAGGACAAGAAGAUUAUGAUAGAUUAAGGCCACUAUCGUAUCCACAGACAGAUGUGUUUCUAAUUUGUUUUAGUGUUGCCUCACCAUCUUCUUUUGAAAAUGUUACAUCAAAAUGGUAUCCAGAGAUUAAACAUCAUUGCCCUGAUGCUCCAAUGAUACUUGUAGGAACAAAAAUAGAUUUAAGGGACGACAGAGAAACUCUUAAUAAUCUAGCUGAUCAGGGACUCAGUCCUAUUAAAAGGGAGCAAGGACAAAAACUAGCAAACAAAAUUAGGGCCGUGAAAUACAUGGAAUGUUCGGCAUUAACGCAGCGCGGCCUUAAACAGGUAUUUGACGAGGCCGUUCGGGCUGUUUUAAGGCCCGAGCCUCAAAAGAGACGUCAACGUAAGUGUAUUCUAAUGUAAUCAUAAGUUAGUUAUUUUGUACAUCAUAUUUAUUGCAAUUUUUUUGUUUAUCUUUUUUUAUAGGUUGUUUUUUCUAACUUACUUUUUAAUCAUCGAAUAUCCACUGUGUCUUACUUUAUAAAAAACUAACAAGAUGAAUCUUAUACUUUUAAUUCAGUACUAAACCUAAUGCCAGUACUAACGUAAUGAGCUCAUUUGGUUAUGUUUUUGUUUUUUAUACUGUUUAGUUAUAUUUAUGCUGAAAAGGCACUGAAACAUUUUACAGGAUCACUUAAAAGAAAUCAAUAUUUGAACUGCUUGUCCUGUUUCUCAAAAGAAUAUUAAAAAUAUGAUCAAAAAUUUAGAAAGAAAAAUGUGGGACUAUUGUUGAUUGGACUUAAAUCCAGAGUUUGGUGGAUCUCAAUACAUUGAUUUUUUAUGUCACAUGCUUUUACCAAUUUUGAUGAGUGUUAAGAAUUGUUAUCUCUUUAAUUAAACAUAAAAUGAACUAAUUUUAUUUUGCAAAUAGAUAAAGAGUGCUAAGAAUUUAGGUUUUUUAGGCCAGCAGUUUUCCUUGUUAUCAUUUUCACUGUACCAUUAAAUUAUUUUACAGACACUAUAUUUUGUCAAGACACUGUUUGCAAAUGUCAUUUUAUGAAAACCAUUCACCAGCAUUUUUGUUAGUUUAACCCAAAUUAUCUUUUGACAUAUUGACAUUUUUUAACAAAACUACAGAGUUAUUUUAAUUAAAAAAAAAAGUAAACCAAAGAAAUUGCCUUUUCGGCCUCCAGGUAUUUGAUCCCUAUGUUUUAUUGUUCGGAUAGCCUUUAUAGCAAAUAUUUGAUGAAUAAUAACUUAAUCAGUAUAAGGUGAAACAUUAACAAAGGAGCCUAUUAAAAAGUCAUACAGGCAAGCAUUGCAGUUUUAAAAUUAAAUCAAACCUAGUUUAAAUAAACCAGGUCCAGAUACCUUCUUUUAAAUUUAUUUUUCACCAAUUGAUGCCUAUUUCCGAUUACUGCAAUAAAAGUCUAAAUUAAUAUGUACAAGCAAAAUCUAUUUGCAAAGUGCUUGUUAAUUGUCAGUUUCCGUCCGAAAUCAAAACAAAUUUAUAAAAAUGCCUUGCGCUGUAUGGCUUAAAAGAUAAAAAUUAUUUUAUUGCUUUUUUUUAAUGUAUACUGUAUACUCAAAAACUCUGUUACACUGCUUUAAUAAAACUUACUCGAAUAAAACUAUGGGUUUUUUAGCAUUUAUCAGGUUUAAUUAUGUAUACUCUUAUCGACAUAUUAUUAUAUUACUUCUAUUUUGGCACAGAAAAACUAUUUGCUGCUAUUUAUACCAAACACCCCUGAAAUUAUAUCCGUUUUUAAUGCCGGGUCGAGACCAAUCAGACAAAAAGUAAACACACGUUUUUGAAACAGUCCCACAGUAUUUCGACAAGAAAUCAAACAUUUCAUACUACAAAAGCAAGAGUGAAACAAAACUCAGUUCAUGUCAUUAAUAGCUCCUUCUGACUUUAUUUAUCUAUUAUACAUCCAACUGAUGUCGAUUCACUAGCUGGUAUGUUCUGAUUUAGUGGUUGCGCAUAUGACGUUCCUAUUUUCACCAGAAAGAAGAUAAAGUUUAAUAAUGGCAGCCAGUACAUUUUUAUUUAGCUGCAAAAAAAAUGUUAACGUUUUUAGGUGAGACUACUGUUUGAAAAAGAAAGAUACAGUUGCGGUUAUAUGAGUAGCACAUUUUUAUUAUUAUAUAUUUUUUUAACCCUCAGCUACUAUCGAGCAAUUGUAAUUACACUGGUACUAUCAACGGGUCCCCAGGACCCACUACAUGAAAAAAAUAAAAAAAUGCAAAAAAUCUUAAUUUUUAUUACCGAAAAUAGUAAAACAAACCUACUAGCAUAAAAAAAUAACAAAUCUACUCAUCUAAACAUUUAGGACAAAUUUUUUUGCAACACUGAUUACAAAUUGGUGUUUUGCAAACAUCACAAGUAAUGGCUGUCUUUCUGUCCUUUUUGGCGGGACAAAUGCUACAUCUUUUCUGUUUGCCCUUGAUUGUAGGUUCUGUGACUACCUCUUCAACUGGAAUUUCGAUGUGCAAAAUAUCAGCUAUAAGAUUGCGGAUUUUCAAGGGACCUUAGGGUUGUCCAUUCUAGAACGCAAGUGUUCGUCAAUUAACAGCAUUCCAAGUUGUUUGAUGAAGUUAUAUCGUGGAAUUUCUUCACCACCUUUUGAAAAUUGGUAUAUUACCCGAGAAUUGACACUGGCAAUAUUUAAAAUGGCAGGAAAAAUGGCUACUGGCCACCGAUUUGUUCUUCUCGAUGUUGAGUAUAAUGCACACUUUGCAUCUACUCCUGAUUUUGUUUUGUUAUAGAAAUGAAUGAUUUCUGGCUUUAGUGUAUCCUGGUUUAUUGAAGAGCUGUGGUGCAUGCUGGAAAGUAAAAUGACACUUUUUCCUUUUUUUGGUAGGUGAGAGACUAUGGUAUUAGAUGAAGAAAAUCCAGAACAGGUCUGUUCUUAUGAGGCAAAAAUUCAGGAGGUAUGGCUCUUUUAUUUUUCUUUAAUGUCCCAACAUAUGUCAAUUUUUUGUCUUUAAGUGCUUCAAGAGGUUCAAUUGAGCUAUACCAGUUGUCCCCAGUUAUAUUUCUUUUAGUGCCUUCAAUACACUGCGCUAGUCGUAAAACAACUCUUGUUGGAUUGCAUAGCUUAGAUUUCGGUUCAACGGUUUUUAUUUCAGCACCGGAAUAUAUUUCUGCAUUCACCAUAUAUAAUUGUCUUUGAGUCUUUGCGUGUAUGAGUCUUUGCGUCUGCCAAAAUUUGAACUUUAAUGCCAUAUUUGGCCGGUUUGUUGGGAAUAAACAUUCGAAACGAACAUCUACCCCGAAACGGUAUUAGCAUCUCAUCAACUGUUAGAUAAUAUCCGGGGCUAAAGGAUAACUUAGAAUUUCUUACAAAUUCAUCAAAAAGCUCUGAUAUUGCAGCCAAUUUAUUUGUUUUAAUCCUUUCUUUUUUAGAGGUAACAUCAUUAAACCUGACACAACUUAAUAGAAAUGAAAACCGAGCAAGGCUCAUUGUGGCUCGAAAAAUAGGACUCCCAGUUCCAUUUGUCGCUCACAUUGAUCUAAUGUCCUCCAUGACCGGACUUAAAAAUUCCUUGUAAAUAUAAGAGGCCCAAAAAUGCUCUCAUUUCGGAUAAGGUGGUAUCGUUCGUAAAUGCAGGUCUACAUUUUUUUUUUUAAAUAUGGGUAUCUUCGAAACUUUCGAUAUUUUUCUCGACGCAUACCUAUUUUUAUAUUAGUAUAAGUAACUACUUUUUUCAGCAUAUCAUCAGUUAGCAGUAAACGCCAAGCCUCUUGGGGUGUUGACGGAGGAUCAUUUCGAGCAGUCCCUCUAAGUCCUGGUAAAACAGUAAUUAAAUUAUGAGCUGCCGUGUGCCCCCUUAUAAUUGGUGUUUUUGACCAUUUGGUGGAAUCUUUCCCAAUACCAAGCAUUUCUAAUUGGAAGCUCUUCUUCGUCCGAGUCUGAAAUCUCUUGCUCACUGGCAGUGGUCGCUGAAAAUUUCCUCGUCAUCAUCCAGGUCACUCUGAUCGGCAAAGGUCUCUAGUUCUUCCAAUAUAGUAACUUCGUUCAAAACCGUAUUAUUCGGUUCAUCCUCCUGGUCGGAAUUUUCAUUCAAUUUCUUCCAACUGUUUCUUUGACAAACCUUGUGAACUGCACGCCAUUAUACUGAAAAUUAAAAAAUUUUACUUGAUACUAAUUUAUUCUGGAUGAAGAAUCUAUGAAAGGAAGACAUAUGGUGCAAAAAAAGCACAUGCUUACGAAUUCAUAUUAUUAUACCAUAUUCUUUUACUAUUUACACUCCCUGUAUAUAGAUCCUAUAAUAUUACAUGGCCCAUCCAUAUAAAUAUUAUCAAAUCCUUCAUUCAUUGCUUUAUACAAAAAAAAAACCUAAACAACCUAGAGAGUCCAGAACACCCUGUAUAUGAAAAACUUGAAAUAACUAUGUAGGUUAGUGUAAUAGUUUUGAGCCAAUUUUUUAACCCUUACCCGUAUAAUGUAGAACAAAAAAAUCACCUACCUGUACAAUAUUCAAACACUGAAAAAAUAUCGCCUUGUUCUGACACAAACUAGGAGAUAAAUUAUUAAAACUAUGUUCACAAAUUCACUACUGACAGGUCCUGAGGACCCAGUCGACCUACUGCUCAGCACCGCUAAAUCUGACUGACGCGUGUUUACUUGCAUUGCGAAACAAUUCAUAUAGUAGGAGAGUACAGGGACGGGCAACCCGCAAAAAUAAAAUUCCUAAGAAAUAUGACAAAAUAAAAAACUCGUUGGGUCCUCAGGACCCAUUCUUAUCCCUUUCUCUCCCAGAAAAUUCUUAAUACUUUGUGGGAUAACCUUUAUUUUUAAUCACUGCUUGCAAUCUGGAUGACAUAGAUUUCACUAAAGCUUGGCAAUAGCUAUUUGGGAUACAGGACCAAACUUCUUUUACAUUCACCCACAAUUCCCAGAGGUUCUCGAUAGGUUUCAGGUCGGGACUUUGAGGUGGCCACUAAUUCUUAAUACUUUGUGGGAUAACCUUUAUUUUUAAUCACUGCUUGCAAUCUGGAUGACAUAGAUUUCACUAAAGCUUGGCAAUAGCUAUUUGGGAUACAGGACCAAACUUCUUUUACAUUCACCCACAAUUCCCAGAGGUUCUCGAUAGGUUUCAGGUCGGGACUUUGAGGUGGCCACUAAAAGUGGAUGAAUGUUUUGGGUCAUUAUCAUGCAUAAACUUGAAAAAUAGUUAACUGGAAAAAAUUCGUCAGCAUAUGGUUCCAUAAUAUUUUCUAGGAUCCUCUUGUAUAAAAACUGAUCCAUUUUAUAAAGAGGACAAAGUUCCCGCCAUGACAUUGCUCCCCAAACAAUAAAAGACCCACCGCCAUUGUUUAACAGUUUUUAUAGUGUAACGUGGAUGAAGAGCUUGGUUAGGAGGACAUCUUACAUAACAUUUUUCAUCGGUUCCAAACAAAUUAAUUUUGGUUUCGUCGCUCCAAAGUACGUUUUUCCAAAAAUUUAUAUCUUUUCUGAGCAAAUUUUAAUCUUUUCUAAAUAUUUCUUUUUGACACCAAUGGUUUCCUCUUAGCAAUCCAUCCUCGAAAGUUGCCCUCUUUUAAUCUUCGCCUAACAAUUCUCACUGACAGUUAAUGUCAUAACGAUCCAAGAUUUCCCUUCUUAUUUGAGAUGCAUUGAAAAAAGCAUUCUCACUAUGAGUUUAUCAAAAGUUUGGGAAGUUUUUCUCUUUCUAGAAGCUCUUUUCUUAUUUUGUAUGCUCUUUGAAGAUUUAUAUAGCUUAAAAGCAUUGUAUAAUAGCUUUCUAGAACAUUUUAGAUUUUGGGCAAUUUUGGAAACUGUGAGUCUAUUAUUUUUGAGCUGUACAAUAGUGCUCUUCUUUCAGGUCCAAAGUGCUUUUUUCUACCAACUAAAAAAGAUAGGGGAGACCGGGGUUGGUUGUUACAAUUUGAAGAAAAAUACUUGUAAUUUUAUUUUAUUGAAACUUUAUGAACAU